GUUUAAUCGGAGCUCCGAAGAGGGAAACCUGGCUGCAGUUAAGAGCAGAACUCGAAGCACUGACUGAUCUCUGGCUCACACAUGCUCUGAAGGCGCUGAAUCUGAUACAUUCCCGGCCUAACUGUGUGAAUGUGCUGGUCACAACAACUCAGCUUAUACCAGCUCUUGCUAAAGUGCUUCUCUAUGGACUGGGCACAGUCUUCCCCAUUGAAAACAUUUACAGUGCAACAAAAACAGGGAAAGAGAGCUGUUUUGAAAGAAUAAUGCAAAGGUUCGGAAGGAAAGCCGUGUACAUUGUAAUAGGAGAUGGUGUUGAAGAGGAACAGGGAGCAAAAAAGCACAACAUGCCAUUCUGGAGAAUCUCUUGUCACGCUGACCUGGAAGCUCUUCGGCACGCCUUGGAACUUGAAUAUUUGUAGCAGACCCCAACAUCUUAGCACUGUGAGGGCUUCACUCAAAUUAUUACAUCGGUUCCACCUAUUCCUCAACAUUUUCGUAGUAAAAAAAUCCCACAGCAACUGCAGUUUUUCUUUUUUUUGAAGGAGAACCCUUUCAGUGGAAUCCUUUAAGAACUUGCAGCCAAAGAACAUUGUAUCGAGCCCUCCUUCCUUUGGACAGAGGAAGAGCCUCCAGAUGACUGGCUGGGGGCCCUGCGGUUCCCUGGCUGAGCAGGACACGUAGAGCUGUAACUGCCUUUUUGCCAUCAACAGCAAGCACCACAAGGCUGGGGGCUACUUGCCAGUUUUCUGGCUUUUGAAAGGGGACAAGGACAUAGUAAGAAGUCUCUGCACAGUACAUCACAUCACAUGGGACCUUCUGAAAAUGAGUGAAACUGUUGAUUUUUUUUUUUUUGGUAUUCUUUUUUAAUUUAUGAACUAAUCUCAUUACUCUGGUAUUAAGCUCUGUACCUGUGUUUCUAAUCUGGCUUUUUGGGGUGGUCGGGUUGAAAAAGUCUCACCAUUCUAAAUUAAUAGUUCAUUUCUCCAAAACAAACUCUGUGUAAAAUCAUAUUGUGUACAUUAUAAUGAGGACACACGGUACUGUUGGUAAGAACUAUAGCUGUGUUUUUAAAUCUUACAUAGAUGGUAUGUGGACUGUGCAUGUGUCUACACGGUGCCUUAUGCUGCCAUCUGGGUUUGGGGGCUGGGGGUGGGAAAAAAGUACCUUGCGAUGAGUGAAAGGCAUUAAAUAAAAACAUGUUUACA